UUUAGCUAGGCCCAUACCGAAAGAAGAACAAGAAAAAGAAAAAAAAAAACGAUAAAGUUUAAAAUGGCCAAGGUUAUUCCUGCCCACGUAAGUCUUUCCUUAAAGACGUUGUGCUGCUGAACCACAAGAGUUGUACCAAACUUCUAAAAGCCCCUAUUAUUCACGUUCUCCUCCCCCGCUUCAACGUCUUACUCCUCCUCCUCUUCUUCUGGUUAAGCCGAAGCCACAGACCGUGUAACGUUUUUUACUUUGAAGUUCGAAGCCAAAGGUUCUGAGUAAGAUUCAGGAACACAGAAGUAAUGGGGAGUGAGAAAGAGAGUGAAAAUGGUGAGUUACCUGACCUGGAGAAGCAGCGGCUUGGUGGCGGUGGUGGCGGCGGAGAUGAGACUAGCUUACUUCCCAAUUUGACAACUGUGGAUGUCGUUCCGCCCCUAGAACAGGUCGUCGUUUCGGGUGGGGCGUUCUCUGAAGUUCAUGAACCGCCGACAGCCACCGCCGCGGUCAAUUUUUCGGAGGAGGUUCCUUCUCCGAAAAAGGACCACUUGUCAAGGACUUCAAGCUCUCAUGAACAAUGCAGAGUAUGUCAGCAGGAGAAAGAUCAAGUUUUGAUUGAUCUCGGAUGCCAAUGUCGAGGCAGGCUUGCGAAAUCCCACAGAUCAUGUACAGACACUUGGUUUCGCACCAGAGGAACAAAUGGGAGAUAUUCCAAGGGGUAGCAGCAAAUGUGCCACCUCCAGAGACUCAGCCAACUGUAUGUACUCUGAACCUUUGGAUGUAAAGGAUAGCCUUAUGUUAAUUAAGCCAUAACUUAAUAUACGCGUGCGCGGAAUUGGCAUACCCAAUGCAAUAUUCUACCAGCCAAAAGUCAUAAUCCAUAACUUCAAAGAAUAGUAAACUAUAGAGACUAAGAACUUUAGAUAGCCGAUCGGCUUUUAUGUUUGAUACCGGACUUGUUUUCCAUCUUUUUUCUUUUCUAACUUGGUGUGUAGCUUAGUCUGUCCUCGGAUUUGAACUUUGAAUUUCGUAGUGUUUCCCAGGCCGAAUUGUCUCAGGCAUAGAAUAGGAUUGUUGUUUUGUAUUGAGAAUUAUUAUAUCUGAGCAUAGACUAAUGGGAUUGCCAUUACCGUGUGUUGAGAUAGUAGCAUCUCUCUCCUUAGCCUGUCAAAAUUUAACUAUCAGUGUAUUGGCAUUAGCAGGCAAGCUACUGGGUUUGGAGAGUUGACUCAUCCUACCGAUCACAAAAUCGCGACAGGGUAGGAAGACACUAAUCAAUCUACUAGAAUAUUAGUAACCUCGAUGAAUAAUAACGUUGUUGAUGCUGUGAUUUCAAAUGCACCGAUCUUUGUUGCAGGGUUGUGUUAGCCCACUUUAUGUGGCGUUUUCAAUCCUUAUAGGUGGUCUGAUGUUGGACGUGCUAAUGUCCGUCACCCUCGGUGUAUCUGCGCUGCCUUCUAACAUUAUUAUAAGUACUUUUGUGCCUAUUGAUAUGUAAAAAAUCUCAUUUAUUUGAGAAAUUACUAUAUGCUUGUUGUUAUUGUAUAGGUAUUAUCGUGGUUCUUGGACUCGGAACUGCGCUGAGACUUGCCCUGGAAUUCUUACACGAGUGGAGUUUGCGGAGAGCUGUGCAGAGGGUCGACGCAAGUCACACAAAUGUGCCUCUUAGUUACCAUCCUGCUUUGUAGGUAAAAGUUGCAAAUAACAAGAUAAUGUACAAGUAGAAAUUUACUUUAUUGCGCGGAUGGAGGAGUGUAUACGUUCACUUUGUCUUGUUUUUAUAGGACACCCUUGCUGUUUACCUCAACCAAAUGUACCAUUUACUAUUUUAUUACUUGUCUUUUUUUUUUUUUUUUCUUUCUUUAUUUUAUUUUAUUUUAUUAAGUUGUUAUUUUAUUAUUUGAGCACGUUGUAUAGAAUUGCACAUUCACAUUAUCUUAAAAUGGAGAAGUGUUAAAAGACUCA